AUAGGCUCAAGCGUCACAUGUCCCCCUAGUAAUCCUCUGAGAACGGAUGUUCUAUCUCGAACAAUGCAUAAAACCGUAGUUCCCAGAAAGUCUGGGGUGCAUAGAUUCGCCUGUUUAGCACUUUAUCGGGCACUUCUCCGACAAUGCGCAAAAUUACCGAACACUGCGCCGGAGCUUAGCACCUGCAAGCCACUCGUACAACAAAAGUUUCAGAGAUACAAGAAGCUCCAGAGCCCGUCACAAGCAGUCAAUGCGUUGAAAGCUGGAUAUGAGGCUCUCGACCUACUCCAUUCGGCCUCCCAAGGAAAUCAACGCAAUACAAAUCGUAUUGUGGAGCUCAUAUCAGACAUCCGGUCGAUAAAGCAGAAGGAAUCAGCGCUGCAGAGAGAGCUCUCUAAGAAGGAGCCGAAACCGUUAUCUCGGAAGCAACAGAAGACAAAGGAGUCCCGGCGUUUACAAGACCAAACCGCCCGACGACAUCCGGAUGCCACUUCUAUCCUUUCUCGUCCGAGACCCGUCGUGAGCGGCAAGCGUCGGGUGCCCGUUCUUGUGAACGCGCGGGGAGUGCCCUUCCUGCGCAUCAAAAAGCCCCAACCCAAGAAUUUAAGCGGUGUGAUACGGUCAAAACUUGAAAAGCGAUGGAGCCGAAUUGAACGCCGGGAUAGGCUGGACCGUGAAUUACUGUUUGCCAAUGACGAGGAUAAUUGGGACGCUUUGACGACUGGGUCUGAGUCCGACACAUGGGCUAAAGGGGUCAAAGACGCAUUAGGGACGCUUAACCAGCAAAUCCAUGACUCCGACAAGAAGAACAUAGAACUUGCAGAGGCCAUGUGGAAAGUUGUUCUUGCCGAGCGCAAGUUGGCAGCCGAGGAAGAAAAACAGAGAUCGACUGAAAAGUCAAGUGACACUUGAUUUCCUUUCUAUGUCCCAGUACGGUAAGAUAUCAUACGAGGUGCCAUUCAGGCUGUUCUACUCCGCAGUCAAUCGCGGAACAGAGGACGACAGAAGAAAGCGAGUCCAGACAGUCUUCUGGUUACUCCAUGGUAAACAGCAGCAGUCGCAUCAUCCACGUUGUACAAAUCAUACACGAGCUGGGAUACAUGCGGGGCGGAAUAUCCCCCGAAGCGAGCCACUUGCCUACCAAGCGCGAUUCAUCGCAAACUAAGAUGGGACACGUCCACCACUGGUCCGUCUGGUUUGCAUCCCUCUGCAUAUGAGGCUGUGACUCUUAGGGCCAAGUGACAUGCGUUUAACUAACUCAUAAUACCUAGAAAAUUAUGAAUAAACCAUAUUUGCAUCCAAAUUGCGAAACAAGGUCCUUCUCAAAAUCAUUUCCUGUUUGUGGGGUAAAUUUAUGAAACCGUGGACGGUAUUGAAGAAGUUUAAGGGGCAGGAUCGUCAUCUGUUCGUGAAUGUACGCCAGCUGCUGUAGUCA